AAGGAAGUAGCGUUACAGUUUAUUCACUGCGUAAAUUUGUAAACAUUCACGGUGAAGACUUGUUCCCACAAAGCAGAAGCGAAUUUAGCAAGCGAAUGAAGUCAGCAAAAUCUGAAUUUUGCGUAGCGUGUUGUGGGAAGUUGCAUUGUGAAGUGGAAUAUCUUUCGUACGAUUUCGCUCUCCCCUUCUCCGUCAUACCUAGCUGUAAACAGCUGUGGACCUGCCACUAAUGGCAGCUCGGAAUAUGGAGGUACGGCUGCCGAAGUGGCUGGAAAAGGGUGAGUUUGUACGAGUUAGAGUCAUUGAAGUGGUAAUAAUCAGUGUUAUGAUUGAAGUUUGUAAAGUUUUUAUGCAUCCUGAAGCAGCUUCUCAAUGUGUUACAUGAAUACAAAGAUUCGCGAAGAUAUUUUCUUUGUUCUGCGAUUCGUUGUUUUGUUUAGUGACUGCGAUCUUACCUGAUCUCAUUAGUUAUGUAUGUUUUUCAACUGUACUGUCCAUCACCAGCACUCCCUAUGAAGUGCACAACAUUGAAUCCUAGCUCUUAGCGAUUCCUCCUUCGGGAGGAAGUGCGCCUGGCAGGAUGUUGUACGUGUUUUAUGUAGAUACUGGAACCAUGUUACAAUUUGAGAUGAACUAUGCUCUUGAAAGUGUGGCCCAGUUGGGAGAGGCCAUCGAAAAAUGCACUCGGAUUCCUCAAGACAAACAAGUGCUUUUGGUCAGUGGUGGGGAAAGUCUUGAUUCUGCAGCCCGUGUGUGCAGCUACUCAGCUGGCACCGACACCAACCCCAUCUACUUAUUCAGCAAAAUCAACACAGACACACCUCCUCAGCCUAGCAUCAACUAUGGAAUAGAUCAAGAUCUCAAAGAGCAAGUAGAGGCCUCAGAUAGCAUGGAACCCAACUAUACCAGUGUGGUGGUGCGCACUCAGUUGGCUCAACAGUUUUAUGAUAUGGCCCGAGAGCAGACUCGUGUGUGUGAGCAACUGGUACAUGAUCAACAUUUAAUGCAGCAAGGCAUUCAAGAAUUUGUUGCAGGCUUUCAGAAAAAUGUUCAAAAAAUCUUUCAAAAUAUCCUUCCAAAAAAGGGAAAGAGAAAGGUCCCUAGUCAUGGUUGGGCAGCAGUGAUGGCAAACAUGGAAGACAUUACAACAAAUUAUCGCAGUGUAUGUGAAAAUGUAAAAAUGACUGUUAGUCAAUUCUUGCUGACAAGAAAUGAAUCAGUGGAGCUUGUAGAGAAUUACAAGCAAGAUGUGGCAGUGUUAUCAAAGAUACCUAUGAUCCCUGCCCUUCUGGAAGACUGGGCAGAUUUAACACUGUCUUGUGCCAGCUCUGGUCGCAGUAGUAAGGAAGGAUCUCUUCAAAGAGAAACGGAUCCUAAAUGUGGCUCAGCUGAAAGCAGUGGGGAAGGACAAGAAGACCCUGUUAAGCCAUCAGAAACUCAGGUUGAAAGUGGUAAUGGAGGCAGCUCUGAACCUGUGUCAGGCAUUUCUAAGAGUCUUCUACAGUGGAUUGAUACCAAAGAUAGGAAAUUUAGUAUUGAGGGAAUUGCAGAACUAUGCACACGAAUCUUAAAUCAGAUCCAUACUGCAUCAUUUGAAGAAUUAAAGCUGGAUGCAGAAAAUGUCAUGGAAGCUGUUACAAAACAAGAGCUGAAAGAAAUCAAAGGUUUAGAGGAACGUUUGUACGGAUUAGAACAGCUUAUGUAUGAAGCUCGGAGAAUUGUUCAGGAACAGAAAGAUAUGGCAAUGUCAUUUCAACAAAAUCAGAAACGUGUGAGCAACCUGAAGGACCCUUCUAUCUUUCCUGAUCUUUGUGCUUCCCAUCAACGGCAGCUGAAGGUGAUGUCGGAUAAUCAACACCGUUUGAUGGACAUUCGUCGUCGCUGCACUAGAGCCAAAGAGGAGUUGUGUAAUAACCUCUUUCAAAGGCUUCGAUGGGUUGUCUUUUCUGAGAAUGGUAUGUUUGAAUCGAGUAAUAAAUUGAUGGCCUAUCUGGAGAACACAAAACGACUUCGUCGUACAUUGGAUGUGAUACGACAAGUGCACGUGUCACCUGAGAUGUACCUGAAAGCUGUGUGUGAAGUGGUUCGGCGGCGCUCAUUUUCUGAAGCUUAUUUGUCAUGGGCCAGUGAUCUUGCGUGUCAACUUUUGAGGGUUCAUAAUGAAGAGGUCGCUAGACGAAGAGAUUUCCAGAACCAAUUCAGUGGACAUUUUCUCAAUUCUCUCUUCCCUGGUAUGGAGGAUAUGCCUCCACCAUUUGCAACUCAAGCCCCUUCUCCAUUUGAUGCUCAACUUCCAAAAUUAACGUUGGGAGAUGUGCACCUGCUUCAAGAGCAGUUGCCAGAACUUGCUCCAUUUAUUUAUCUUCCGGAUGUGGAUGCCAUAACAAAUUUUUUUCUUACAAAAUCAGUCUUAGGGACUACUAAAGUAGAAAAUAAGGAAACUAUGACACAGGUACAAGCAGGUCCAUCAGAACCACAAUCUCUACAAUCUGCUGAUGUUUCAGUUUCCAAACCAAGCCCUAUAUCUAUUCAAACUUCUGCACCUAAAGAAGUGGAUAGAGGUUUUGAAUCGGAGACUGACACGGAGGAGUUUGAGAAGGUUGGCCAGAGUCCUAUCAAGUUGACCUGCAGUGAGGCGACUGAAGAGAUGCCAGCCAGCCCAAGGGUGGCUGGUCAGGCGUCUGCUGUGGCCCUUCUUGAGGUUGGUGUUCCGGAAGUCAAGAAACUACAGGCUAGCCCAUCUCCAUCCUCAUCCUGCUCCAUGCACUCCCCAAGCCUAACCCACAGUCACCUCUCUGCUCAGCACCACCAGCAAACACAACAAGAGUUUGCGACAACUGAGUAUUACAUAGAUGACUCUAUGCCUUCGAGCUACACGGAGAGCAGUGGUGCCAAGUGCCAUCACCCACCUGCCUCUGAGCUGCAGCGCCAGUUGGAAGAUAUGAACACUCUGGUUGCCCUGCUGCAGGAAAAUCUUGGAAACACCAGAAAUGAGGUUGAACGCCUUCGUAACCACUUAGUCUCCGCCGGGCGACUUGUAGCAGAUGUGGUUGCUGUUGUCCGAGGGGAAUUAGUUGCUCUACGUGUUGCUAUGGGAUCUAAUCAAGAAUUCUUGUGCCAAUGCUCAAGUGAGUUGCUUGCAGCCCUUGAAAGGCAUAGAGUUGCAAUGGAAGAUGGGGAAAUGUCUCGGCGAGAUGAAGCAGCUCGUGUUGUGCAACAACUUACCAUUGAGCAUGAGCUGGAGAUGGAUGCUUUAAAGCAAGAAGUAAAGGCUUUCACAGAUGUUAAAGAAGAGGAAAUUAGGCAGCUGAAACUGGAGUUGAUGGAUAAAGACCGUCAGUUGAAUGGAUUGCGUGCUGACAUGGAACAUCGACUUGAGGAGGAAGUAGCUGCUCGUGCUUUAAUGGUACGAGAUUUGGAAGCAAGAAUAAGUGAUAUGCGGGAACAGAUAGGGAGCAUGCAGCAACAAAUUGAUCGAGCUGAGACAUGCAAACAACAAGCAAUUCAAGAAGUUCAAGAACGCCUUAAUCGGGAAUAUAAGACUGAGCUUGAAAGCUUGCGCUCACGCUAUCGUUUGAUGGCUACUGCUUCCAUGGAACGCAGUCCAAGUGAUAGUAGCUUAGAAAGGAUUGAGAGAGCUGACUUGAUUGAACUUAUGAAUCAUGAGGCAAUUGUACAGCAAGUUCGGGAUGAUAUGGAAGAUCAGAGAGAAGCAGCAGUGAAGGCUGCAGUUGAUCAGGAACGUGCCGUGUUUGAGGCACGCCUUGAACAUGAACUGCGGUUAGCACGCACUCGAUCAGAAGCUGAGAGACAGGUAUGGUUCAAUGAAGCUAUGAGGAGAGUUGUGGAUGAGAAGGAGAGACAAAUGGAAGCCUUACGAACACGUGAGGCAACACUUAUGGCAGAGUGUCAACGGUAUCAGGAAACUAUUCGCAAUCUUACCGAUUGCAGCAGGGAAGCUGGAGGUAGUGGAUUGCAAGGAUUUGGACUUAAGUACAGAAGUUUAGAUUCGAAAAUGAGUGGUUCAACAGUCUGGCAAUUACUUGAUCGUAUUGAAUUACUGAAAGCAGAGAAACGCCGUGUUGAAGCAGAAUUAGCUCGUGAACGCAGUCGCAAAACUCGAACCCUUUCUGAGACUGCUGCAACAGAUGAUGCAGAAGAAUCUAGGCUUCAUAUGGGUCAUGAAAUGAGUUCAUCUGUGGCUGUUGUCCAGGAUUCCAGUGGUAGCCGUGAUGCAGCCACUAGUCCUGAUCCAGCGAGUCGAAAUUUACAUGAAGAUCGUUUGCGAGAUAAAUUGAGCCAGAGCACAACAACACUGAUUCAGCAAGGAAAAAUCAGCAUUAUGUCUUGCAACAUUGGAGAUGCUGUUCUGGUAGUAUGGGAUGAAGAGCAUCAAAACUACACUAUUCUGCAAGAAUCAUCUACAUUGUAUUUUCUCCAUACAGAUUGUUUAGAUUCUUUGGGACUAAAGAUCCAAUCAGGAGAUUCUCCGCGCAGGUUGUAUAGCACUGGUGAAGUAAUUGAGAAAGAAUAUUGUCAUGCCAAGAAAGCAGAAAAUAGGUACAGAGUACCCAAGGGGACCAAAUUUUACCGGGUUAAAGUGAGGCCAGUACAGAAGGAAAAUUUACUUUCAAGGAGUCAUUAUCCAAAUAGGAGACAGCAGCAACAUCAUCACCAUCACCAUCAUCAUGGAAAACAACAACAGCAGCAGCAACAACAACAGCAACAGCAACAGCAACAGCAACAGCAACAACAGCAACAGCAGCAGCAGCAGCAACAACAACAACAACAACAACAACAACAACAACAACAACAACAACAACAACAACAACAACAACAAAUACAACAAAUAAAGCUACCAGAGCCAUCAACAAGUAAUACUGCACAACGAAAUGAUGCCCAAUGUGAAGAUGAACAGCUUCAAAGGAGUGAACGAGAGAAAGAACAUCAUUCAAAUGAGGUUUCUGUAGAUAAGACUGACGAGUCUUCAUCUUCAGGAUAUUUAAAAGAGUAA